AUGAAGCAAAUCUCUCUUGCUUUGUUCGGUCUUUUCUUAUCAACUCUGUUCCUAGGAAACAUUAGAACAAGUGAAGGGUCCUUGCCAUCUGCAUUCGAUACACCGAGCAGUCUACUUUCUGAUCUCUUGCGAGAUCGGUUUCCGGAUCCUUUCAGAGUCUUGGAGCAAAUCCCAUUAGGUCUCGAGAGGGAUCAAAGCUUCUUGGCUCUGUCUCCAGCGAGAGUGGACUGGAAAGAAACACCAGAACACCAUGUGAUCAUGCUCGAUGUUCCCGGGAUGAAGAAAGAUGAGGUGAAGAUAGAAGUGGAGGAAAAUCGAGUUGUGAGAGUAAGCGGCGAGAGGAAAAGAGAGGUAGAGAAAGAAGAUGAUCACUGGCACAGAGUGGAGAGAUCUCACGGCAAGUUCUGGAGACAAUUUAGAAUGCCUGAUAAUGUGGACUUGGACUCUGUUAAGGCCAAGCUUGAGAACGGUGUACUUACCAUUACCAUUAACAAGGUUGCACAAGAUAAAGUCAAGGGUCCAAGAGUUGUUGACAUUGCGUUUGAAGAGGAUCAAACCGGCAAAGUCAGUUCUGCUUAA